AUGUCUUCGUCAACUCUUCCGCUCAUUCUCCCUUCACAUAUCAUACAUACUCUUACUUUCAGUAAGGCAGUCUUGGGACUGGUGGUAUUUGUUGCUCUUCGCUUCAUCGGAACUGCCAUCUACAGACUCUACUUCCAUCCUCUACGAAAUUUCCCCGGCCCAAAGCUCCAUGCUAUUACGCAAAUUCCUGCCGUUUACAGUAUCUGGAAAGGGCAAUACCAUAACUUAAUGGUAGAACUGCAUCACAAAUAUGGCCACGUUGUCCGUGUUUCACCGAAUGAACUCAGCUUCAACGACCACCGCGCCUGGAAAGAUGUUCACGGCCACCAGAAGCCCGGCCAGCCAAAGCCCAUUAAGCACCCCAGCUGGUACGUUCCGGCUAUCAACGAUGUCCACACGAUCAUCUCAGCCAACGAUGUCGACCACGCUCGCACCCGCCGCAUCUUUUCCAACGCCUUCUCCGAUAAGGCGUUGAAGCAACAGGAAGGACUUUUCGCUAGGUACGCCGAUUUGCUCGUCCAUAAGAUCAAGGAAUCCUAUAACAAAGAUAAAAACCAUGUCAUCGAUAUGGUGCGUAUGUACAACUACACCACCUUCGAUAUCAUGUCUGAUCUUGCAUUCGGUGAGCCUUUGUAUCUGUUGACAAACGAGGAAUACAUUCCGUGGGUUACCAAUAUCUUUAAGUCGAUCCGAACAGGUUCUAAGGCUGGCAUCAUCCGCUACUGGCCAAGCCUGUAUACCCUCGCUAAGAAACUCACUGGGAAUACUUUCCAGAAGAAGCGCGUUGUCCACUUCCAGUACUGCGUUGACCGUGUUGACCGCCGUAUCGCUCGUGGCUCCGAUCAACCCGAUAUCUGGAACUUAGUUCUAAACGCAAAGGAAGGCCGUGGUCUGUCCAAGGGUGAGAUGUACGCUAACACGACUGUUUUCAUGAUUGCUGGGACCGAGACCACUGCUACUCUACUUUCCGGUCUGACUUACUACCUCCUGAAGCACCCUGAGGUCCUCAAGAAACUGGCAGCGGAAAUUCGAGGCGCGUUCCAGAGCGACGAGGAUAUCACCAUUGAAGGACUCCAGCGUCUCAAGUAUCUGCAUGCUUGUCUCGAAGAAGGCCUUCGCAUGUAUCCUCCAGUCCCAAUUGGACUGCCUCAUCUUGUUCCACCGCAGGGUGUUCAGAUCUGCGGAGACUAUAUCCCUGGAGGAACCACCGUCCAGGUCCAACAGCUCGCCAUGUACCGUUCCGAGAAGAACUUCGCAGAGCCCAAUUCUUUCAUUCCCGAGCGUUGGACCUCUGAAGCCGAUGGGAAAUUCAAUUCGGACAACAAACACGCUCUACAACCUUUCGCUUAUGGUCCUAGGAACUGUCUUGGAAAGAAUCUUGCGUACCACGAAAUGCGCAUCAUCCUCGCGAAGAUCAUAUUCCACUUCGACCUCUUGCUCAAUGAAGAGUCCAAUGACUGGGACACUCAAGAGGUAUACACGCUGUGGCAGAAGCACCCUUUAAAGUGCAAGCUUACUCCUGUCCGAGAGUAG